AUUGGAUAUCCGUGUCCUUUUGAAUAUGAGCGUUACUUUGUGUAUUAGUGUGAAAGUAAGAUUGAAGGCAAUUAGUGCUUAUGUUGUCAGCUGAUUCUUUGUUUCGCAUUUCCUGUUGUUGACUUCACCUUGACAUACAGAUGUGCUAUUUGGCAACAUGAACCAAUACGUUGUUUUAUUGUGUUGUGUUGAUUAUUUCUGUCCAUCUGUUUCUCUAUAACUACCACUAAAUGUAGAUGGGUCAUUGCAGCUCGUUAGCCAAGCAUACCGAGUUUGGUAGAGGUUGGCUCAUGUACUCCAUAAUUAUUUUUGCAUGACCACUGUAGAUAGUGUAUUCAUGACGUUAUCCGCAAUAUUUCUGACACUAGUAAGUCAGUCAAAAGGCAAUAGCAAUUCAGCAUAUGGCAUGAUUGCAUAUCGGCGUCGGUAGUGAAAGUUGUAGCUCCAUUUAAAGGUGAAAUCAAGGAAAGGGUAGAGUAAGUGCUGACGGGUGCCAACGAGCGAAAAACCUAGCUCUACAGCUUCCUGCCGAUCACCCUCAACCAACUAACGUAGAAUAACAUGCAACAAGUAAACAGAACAGAAUUUUAAAAGAUGUCUACUUUAGAAGAAGACAAGGUGUGGAUGCAUUUCCAAAGGCAAUAUAACUGAUCUUGAUUCAGGUCUCAGUCUUUACUUGUGCUCCUCAGACCUCAACACUGUGACACCAGUUAGCCUUCAUUAAUUAGUGCUAUUUUUUAUUUCGCCACCUAAUUGUGUUAGUAGCCAACUAAUAUAUUUUCAACUAGCAAGCAGCAAAGAAAUCAUUCGUUAUCCGAUGUAAAUGUUACUGAAAAUAGGCAGUGUUUCUGCAUAUCUUCAGGCAUAAUCUUGAGCAAAUCAUGAAGUUUCCAAUGUUAAAAAAAUUGUUACUGAUCGAACUUCCUAUUUUUAGACCAACCAGUUAACUUACAAACCCAAUUCAGUGAUUGCUUAAAUGUCUGGGAUAGCAACACACCGGACUCCAAUAAGUAUUUUGCAAGAAGUUUGUGUUAAAAAAGGUAUAACUCCUAUCUAUGAACUUGUGUCGAGUGAAGGACGAAUCCAUGAGCCACUUUACGUAUUUUUAUGUACGGCUGGUCCCUUUAGUGCCACUUCAAAAGGGGCAAGCAAAAAAAGAGCCAAACAUCAGGCAUCAUAUCUGAUUUUGUUGAAAAUGCUAAAUAGUCGACUUUUGACGGAAUCGGAGAGAUAUACUCUUCGAGACAUACAUAUUGCUGCAGCUAACGUUUUGGGAUCUGACUUCAUGGAUUCUAUUGAUGAUGUAGAAUUGGAUGGUAUACCAAAUAAAAUAAAACAAGAAGAAGAAGGUAACUUUGUUGGACAGCUACAAGAGUUAUGUCAAAGAAAAAUUUGGCCUCCGCCAUCCUACGAAUUUCUAACUAUCCCACAAUCUAUCCCAUCAGGUAAUGAGUAUAGUUGCAAAGUUAGGUUGUGGAAAUGGACUCAUACUGGAUUUGGAAAUUCAAAAAAAGCUGCUAAACGGCGCGCUGCAUAUGGACUUUUGGGGAACAUUACCAAGAACAACUUAACUAUACCACAAGAAGCUCUGGACUACAUGGAAGAGGAAACUCUUUCUUUACUUGACAAACAGGAUCAAACCAGCCUAAAAGAAAAUAAAUUAGAGAAUGAAGCUUCUGCACGCAUUUCUUCAAAAGCUCUUCGUGGUUUAUGGAACGCUAAAGGUAAUAAAGUUAGAGUCCCACCAAUGGAUAUUACGGAUAAGAUGGAUAACCCUUGUGAAUAUCUUGAGGGAAUUUGCGAGUGUGCGAAAAUCACGGUCGUAUAUACAUACGUGUCGGAAAAUGAACAAGGGAUGAUUUACUGUUUUGCUGAACUUUCUACGCUGCCACCACAUGUAAUCAAAAGUCAAUUAUCAUCAGAUCUAGCAAGUUCACGUAAAGAUGCUGCUCGCAGGUGUAUACUAUUUCUCAAAGCAAUGUCCUCUACAACGCCUUGCCUUAACUACAGUGAAUGGUUUCGUGUUCCUUCUACUGUUAAUAAAAUAUAAUGUGUUGAUAUGAUUAAUGUAUAACUGCCUAUUUUGUUUUUAACUAUAGAAACACGAUU